AUGAAAUUUAUUGUUCUAGCGCUCAUACCGCUCUGCGUUGUGAGUGAUUUGGUUGCUGAUUUCAUUCUGUCAUCUUCAAAUCUCAAAAACGGAAAUCUUUUCAUCAGCACAGAUGGGAAUUUUUCAAUUUACUCGCCACAAAGUAUCUACAGCGAUGAUGCUUACGUUCCAAAACCUACUGCAAUUGGUACAUACUUUCAUGGCUCAACAUAUUUGUAUAGAGAAAAUUUCCCAUCAGCUUUUAAGGUGACUCAUAACUUCUCAAUCAAACUUUGGGUUUAUUUUAUUAACAAUUUAGAAUCCUCUGGAACUGUUUUUGCUUUGAGUUCACCAACAAAUACAGAAACUCCUUAUCCACUUUCUAUAUAUCAGCAGCAGGGAAGCCUCUAUCUUUCAACUACUUUAAUUGAAACUUCUUCAUUUCCUGUAGAUUUAGGUAUUUUUUAUAUAGGCAUAUGGAAACUAAUAAUCCUUACUUCAAGUGAAGGCACAGAUAACAGUGGAGAAGUUAAUAUUUAUGCUCCUGACGGAACUGAAAACUAUCCUAGCCUUCAUGCUACUGCUCCAUACCAAUUCCCUCUUAACGCUACUCAAUUGAACUUUGGAUUCAGAAAAUCAUCAUUUAUAGGGUUUCUAUUUGAGGCUGCAAUUUAUAACUCAGAGCUUCUGUCUGCAGAUUUCUCACAGUUUUAUACAAGCAGCUGUGAAGGCUGUUCAUUUUGUGAUCCUUCUUAUAACUGUCUAGAUACCAGCAAGCUAUAUCCAGCUGAGAAAGGAGAAUACCCAGGGUUUGAGCUUUGUGACAAGUCUUGCAACUAUUAUUGUGAAAACAGCAAGGCAGAGGAUUGCUUUUGUGAUAAUGAACUGAUAAAUAUAAAAAACUCAAUCAAUUAUGAUGAAGAAGAAAAUAAAUGCUGCAGCAAUCAGCUGUCUUUGAGCCAAAAAAUUAACAAAGAAGAAACUAUCGAAUGCUGUGGAGAAUUGCUUGAAAUAAUAGGAUCUUUUGAUUCUGAAAACAAUUUAAGUGAAUCUGGCCUUAUUAUAGUAAAUCAAGUAAUAAAUACUGAUGAUGAAGACUGUGGAGAUAUAAAUGAACUUAUUACAAUCAGACAUGUAAUUUCUGAAGACUAUGAAGAAGAAUGCGAAGGAUGCUUGAAAUUGAUAACUAUCACUCAUACCAUCAAUCAAGAUAAAGAAGAUGAGGAUUGCUUAAAUUGUGGAGAUACCAUCUCAGUUAAUGCAAUUAUUUCUGAGUCUGAAGAAGAUUGCCAAACCUGCGACUCUUUGUUUACCCUUACAAAUUCUAUUAUUGAUGACUUUUCAGAUUGCCUAUGCGAAGAUUUCAUAACUUUAUCCCAAGUUAUCAGAGAAGAAAGUGACUGUGAAUUUUGUGAUUUUUUAACGUUUUCAGGAGAAUUAUUUGAAGAAGACUGUGAAUUUUGUUCAAGCUUAUUUACGAUUUCUCAGGUUAUUUCAGAAGAAAUAGAAGAAAACUGCUCGUGUAAUGAUUGAGUAACCACAAGAUGAAUACUUUUAGAAGAGAGUGACUGUGAUUAUUGCUCUAAUCAUAUAGCAUUAUUUGGAUGAUUGGAUAAUGAAGAUAAUACAAAUUGCUCUUGUGAUAAUAACUUUAUAUCAAUUAAUGGGACCUUUGACUACUCUGAAUUAUGCUGCGAUUCCCAAAAAUUUGAGAUAGAGGGCAUUAUCUUUGAUGAUAGUGAAGAGGGAUGCUGCUCCAAUGAGCUUGUAGAAAUCCGAGGAAUUUUAGAGACAGAAGAAAAAUGCUGUAAAAAUGAUUUAAUCGAAAUUCAUGGGAGUCUUCUUGAUGAUGGGGAGUGCUGCAGCAGUAAUUUAUUUACAAUUUCAGGAAUUAUACUUGAAGAUGAAGAAUGCUGCCUGAGUGAUUUAAUAACAAUAGGAGGGAUGCUUAUUGAUGAAAUAGAAUGCUGCGAUACUGGCUUCAUCAAUGUAAAAGCUAUGAUUUUUGAUGAAAGUGACUGCUGCACUACUGACCUGCUUGCAAUCGAAGUGACGAUAUUUGAUGAAGAGGAUGAUCAAAAUUAUUGCUGCUCUGAUAAUUUGAUGCUAAUAAAUGGAUACAUCUAUGAAGAAGACUGCUGCACUCAAGAUAUGAUAUCUUUGACAGGAACUAUAUAUGAUGAAUGUUGCAGCAGCGAUUUAAUAACUAUUAGCAGCAUAGUUUAUGAUGAAGAUGAUGAUAACAAUUGCUGCAUUAGUGAUUUCAUUAAAUUAAACGGUUUUAUGAUAGAUUAUGGCUGCUGUGAUGGUGAUUUGAUUGCUCUCAGCGCAAUAAUUUCAGAAGAGGAGUUUUGCUGUGAAAGUGAUUUAAUAAAAAUAAGUAGCGCUAUUUUUGAUGAAGAAUCAUGCUGUGAAGAUAAUUUGGUAACACUUCAAGGCGAGCUUUAUGAUUCUGAAGACUGCUGCUCUGACUCUUAUAUAUCUCUUCAUGGAGCCAUUUGGAAUAAUGAAGAAACAUGCUGUGAUGGCCAAAAUUUUAUAGCUUUAAACGCAACAAUCUAUGAUGAAGAAGAGUGCUCAGACUGCAGUUCCUAUAUCAAAAUAAACUCUAAUAUCUAUGACGUCGAAGACUGUGGCUCUUGUUCAGACCAUAUCACAAUUAACUGGAAAAUUGACAAUGAGUGUCCAUCAUGCUCUGAAAGUCAAACAAUUACUCUUAAAGCUUUUCUAUAUGAUGAGGAAGAUUGCAAUAGCUGUUUGUCUUCUAUAGCUUUAAAUGCUACUAUUGAUUCUGAGUGCUCAUCAUGCUCAGACCUUAUUAGUUUUAAGUUUAUAAUUUCAUAUGACGAAGAUGACUGUAUUCCUUCAUAAUUAAAAAUAUGGCGUCUUCGUCUGGGCAUGGCCUUCCGGCCAUGCAGCCUCGACUCAUAUUUUAAUUAUAUCCGGCAAGGUUUUACCAUUUCAGAGAUGGACAGCAAUGCUAGGUAAGCAAUUCUGGUAGCUUUCAGAGCCUAGCCCAAGUCUAUUCUCAGGGGUGGAUUUUUCCUCGUGGGGAAGGAGGGUGCAAGGUUGGAAAGGGGAAGCCCAGCAAAGUCCUCUGGACCAUUCGGGCAACUCCCUAGCGUGAAACUGGGCGUUACGUCCCAGGCUUUGCAUUUUUCCUUUUUGCCGAUAGCCGACCAGAAAAAUCCAUUUUUUGGGUUUUUCGGAAAAGCAACCCAUUUAACAAGCAAGUAGCUCAUCCAUGAGCCGUCGAAGACGUGGACAUUUGCCCUGGAAGCACCCUGGUGAUCGAAGCGAGUUUGUCUCCAGCAGACUGGUGGGCCCGAUGCGACGAAAGGCGAGUGAUAAACCUGGAGUUGUAACCCCGUAGUGGACGUUAAGCGAUAUAAAUUCUAAUGUAAUGUAAUGACUGUAUUCCUUCAUGCAAUUCUGGAGAAUUUUAUAAUGGAACUCAAUGUGAAGCCUGUGGAGAACUUUGUGCAAGCUGUAUAAGCAAAGAAAACUGCACAGUUUGUGAAGAUCCAAUAAAUAUGAAAAUUGAUAGUGAAAAUCCUGGUAAUUGCUUUUGUAAAGAUGGAACUUUUUAUAAUGGAGCAACUUGUGAAUCAUGUAAGCCUUUAUGCGAAGUUUGUGCAGAGGAUGGGAGUUGUUUGAAAUGUAAUGGGCUGCAUUUGAUUUUAAAAGAUGGGAUGUGCGAAUGCGAGAGUGGAUAUUAUUUGGCAAAUGGAAUAUGCACUCAGUGUGGCCUUUUUUGUAAAGAAUGCUCCAACAAUGGCACUUGUAUAACUUGCAAUGAUAAAAAUACCAUGGAAUUAAAAUAUGGCGUCUUCGUCUGGGCAUGGCCUCCCGGCCAUGCAGCCUCGACUCAUAUUUUAAUUAUAUCCGGCAAGGUUUUACCAUUUCAGAGAUGGACAGCAAUGCUAGGUAAGCAAUUCUGGUAGCUUUCAGAGCCUAGCCCAAGUCUAUUCUCAGGGGUGGAUUUUUUCCUCGUGGGGAAGGAGGGUGCAAGGUUGGAAAGGGGAAGCCCAGCAAAGUCCUCUGGACCAUUCGGGCAACUCCCUAGCGUGAAACUGGGCGUUACGUCCCAGGCUUUGCAUUUUUCCUUUUUGCCGAUAGCCGACCAGAAAAAUCCAUUUUUUGGGUUUUUCGGAAAAGCAACCCAUGUACAAGCAAGUAGCUCAUCCAUGAGCCGUCGGACAUUUGCCCUGGAAGCACCCUGGUGAUCAAAGCGAGUUUGUCUCCAGCAGACUGGUGGGCCCGAUGCGACGAAAGGCGAGUGAUAAACCUGGAGUUGUAACCCCGUAGUGGACGUUAAACGAUAUAAAUUCUAAUGUAAUGUAAUGAUAAAAAUACCAUGAAAUUUAGUGUAUUAAAUCCAGAAGAGUGUGAAUGCAUAUCUGGGACUUAUAGUGAUGGAGAAACAUGCCAUAGCUGCGGCUCAUUUUGUGCUGAAUGUACAGACAGCAUCACUUGCCUUUCUUGCACAGUUCCAUCAAAAAUGAAAAUCAGCACCUCAACCCCAGGAACCUGUGAAUGCUCUUCAGGCUUCUUCAAGUCCUCUAAUUCUUGUUCUGCCUGCACAAACUUGUGCUCAACUUGCAGCUCUGAAACUUCCUGCACAACCUGUGUUGCCAAUACAAACCCAAUUUCCAGCAAUACUUGUACCUGCAAAGACGGCUACUUCAAGUCUUCUAAUUCCUGUAAAUCAUGCCCUUCAUUAUGCACAACUUGCAGUAAUAGCACUAUUUGUUCUUCUUGUGUAGCCAAUGCUGCUUUAAAUGUAAACUCUAUGUGUGCUUGUAGCUCAGACUUUUCAGUAUCGGACGAUUCCUUAUCUUGCUUAGCCCAAUGCAAUUACCUCUGCACAUCUUGUGAUAAAAAUGAUGGGAAAAAAUGCUCAGCUUGUGUCAGUAAUGCUGAAUUGUUAGGAAAUACUUGCUCUUGCACUGAAAACUCAGUUUAUGAUUCUGGGACGAAGUCUUGUGUUUGUAAUAGUGGGUAUACUCUUGUGAACAGUAAGUGCGUUACUUGUAAAAAUUAUUUUUCAUCAUCUGAUGCACUUUUUAAAAGAGGGCGAGCAGUGAAUAGGUCCAGGGUAACUGGCGAGUUGAUCCAGGCCCAGCUAAGUGAAUCCUAUUCUUUUCGAAGUUCGUAGUGGUUACAAGACCGAAAACGCAAAGUCGGUUAACACUUCUGGGAAGCAAUGUGAGCCUGCUAAAGGCAAGGUAGUCCAGAAGUAGGCAUAUCGGGUACUUCCCCGUAUUAACAGGGGUUAGAGGAGUGCCGCAAAGCUAGACUCAAGUAUGUUUGGGUGAGCUUCCUCGAGAGACUAGUGGCAUCACCAUUUUUUGGUGACGCUGACAGAAAAAGGGUUUGGUAUAUGGCGUGAUUGCUUAGGGCUACCUUGAGCCUGAAGUUGGCUAGGACGAAGAGGGACUGAGAUAAUCUGCAGCAACCCGUUUAUAAUUGACUUAAUCAUUUCGUAUCUGAUGUGGUUUCGAUUAGUUUUACAUCGACAUAUACAGCUAUUUUGAUAGAAUUUAAAUAUUAUUUAGAUACAAGUGUUGACUCUUCCUGCUCUAAAACUGUAGCUUCUACGAGCCUUGCAAAACUAGGCACCAAUCCAAGCUGCUCUUGAACUGAUAAUAAAUAUUUGAAAAUCACAUUGGGGACAGAUUAUUUAAUUAGGAGUGAAAUACUUUAUUUGGAUGGAACAAAUAUUCUUACUUCCGCUGUGCUAAUGAAAAAAAAAAAAACAAGAAAAUGAAGCUCUUCACUAGCAAAGCAAAAAAUUCUUUUACUGUAUUUUUUGCAUAAAAAAAUUGAUGGCUAAUUAGCUAUUAUAAUAAUGAGAUCUACAGCUGAUUCUAACAAAUUUAACGGCUUGCUAUGUAGAGCAUAGAUUUAAUAUUGAAAAGUUUUGAUUUCAAGUAUUAAAUUUUCUUUGAAUUUUUAGAAGACAAUCUUUUGUAUAAAUUUUUUCAAAAAAGCCUAUGCUCUUCGAUAAAAAAAAACUUUAUUGUUGGUAAAAAAGUUAGAAAAUAUGGGACAUGCUCAGUGAAUUAUCAAGCACUGAGUGGAACUGUCCAACUGAGCACUACAGCUUCAAUUUCUGCCGUUAUUUCAGGGCAAACAAGUCUAUAGCCCGAUUCCUGCUUUGGAUUAGGCUUGGCCGAUAUCGGGAUCGUCAGAUGGGGAGUUGAAGAGCUUAAUUGUCUCCCCAUCUGAAGUAUCCCAAUGUGAGUCAAGCCCAAUCCAAAGUAGAGAUCCGGCUAUAUAUCUCUUACAUGUGGCAGUGAUCCUUUAGUUUACUCAGGUGAAAAAUCAUACGGAUCUGCAGGUCUUGGGCUAACUUAUUCAUGGAGCUCCACAAUUUCUCCUCAGAUCUCUACUCUUUCCACUUAUAUUUCUUCUCAAUCUUCCUCAAAAAUUAGUAUUUCUAGAAGUUACUUCAGCACCUCAGUUACCACAACUUUAACUGUUUCACUCACAGUGACUAAUAAAUUUGGAAAUAAAAGCACUUCUUCAAUUACCACUAUAAUUGAGCCUUCUGAAGCACUCACAGUUGCUUUCGAUCAAGGAAAUUCUAUAUCUAUUUUAGCUUCUGACAGCAAAACAAUUAAAGCUUCAGUAAAAACGCAAUGUGGCUCUACUUCUGAGUCAAUCAGCUGGGAAUGGGACUCAAUAGCUGUUGAUGGGUCUCCUACAUAUGAUUCUGCAUCUAUUUUGUCAAAAUCUAAAUCCCCCAAUAAGCUUGAAAUCGCCCCAAAUUCUUUGCCAGCUGGAGGAACUUAUAAAUUCAGAGCUAUUGCAACACAAACAGUUUCAGGGGUAACAUAUACAGGCAACUCAACUAUAACGAUAGCGACUAGUCAUUCUCCUUUGGUUAUUGCACUGUCAAGAAGCAGUGGCAGUAUUUCUCCAAGCCAAGAUUUUGUAGUGAGCGGGGCUGGUUCUUAUGAUCCUGAUGAUGCUACUGGGUCACUUAAUUAUACAUGAAGCUGCGUGACUACUGAUUCAGAUUCCACGUGUGUUGGAGCUGAUAAAUAAAUAAAUUAACGAUAUGUAUUUAAGGUCCCUACUUCCAUGUGUGACUUUCCUCCGCGCUCCGUGAGGAGCCCGUGCUGGCACGAGCGAAAAGGAUGGACUUCCAUCACUGGUUCUCUGAGCCAGGCCGAAACCCCUGGUUUCUCGGUAGUGGGUUGCCUUAUUGGGUCGUCAGCCGACUGUCGCCGAGCACCACCAUUUUCAACUCAACCUUCCGCCCCGAGUUACGCCAAUCUUUGUCUCCGGUUGGCCAGGCCGUCCUUCUUUUAAGGACCCUUUUAAACUGGAGAGACCGCCUUGUUGUCUAAUCUGCCUCCCUUUUUCUCAGCUUAUCCGCUUGAGAAAAUCUCAAUCGCUUCCGCGAUUCGGGGUAGACCACAGUAGCAGCUUGAGCAGGUAAGUCGCCCUGCUCCAUUUCGGGCACCCACUGGCUUGGGCGCUGCUGGAAAAAGAAGAUGCUCCUAACUGCCCUAGGAUCUGGCCACGAUCAGCGGGUCUGUGUUCGCCCCUGGUCGCCACCAGAGUCCAGAUAUUGCUGGGCUAAGUCGCUUCUUCUGAAAACCAUGCCCGGAUAUACAUGGGUUACCGUCACUGGGAGGACGGGUCGGACGUCAUACGCCAUUUUAUGUAUAUGUGUUGGAGCUGAUAAUAGCGCUUUAGUUAUUAAUGAGAUUGGGGCUAGCUUAACUAUUCCAUCAAGUAAGCUAGUAAAAGGAGCUAGUUAUGAUCUUACUCUUAAAAUUAGCAAAGAUACGAGAUCUUCAAGUUCUGCUAUUACGAUUUCUGUACUCAAUGCAAAUACUGAUGCAUCAAUAUCUAUUGCACUCAGUUCUCAAAAGGUGAACCCUCAAGCUGUGGUAAGUCUAAAAGCUGCUGUUGAAGUAUCUUCAGAAGUUUCUAUCACAUGGAGUGAAAUUAGUGGCUCAUCAAUAUCAAUCUCUCCAAACAACCUUCCUACAGUUUCUUUCAAAGUUGGAACCUUAUCUGAAGGAUCAUCUUAUACAUUUCAGCUAUCUGUGUUCGACACCUCCAUAAACUUAUCCUUAACAAUUGAGAUGCCUGUAACAACAAAUUCAGGAGGAAGCUGCACAGGCUCAGUAUCAAUUUCUCCAGACUCAGGUCAAGCAUUAAUUACCUCUUUUUCCAUAUCAAUCAGCGGCUGUGUUGACAAAGACGAAGAAGACUACCCAAUCCUUUAUAAAUACACUGAUACAUGAAAUUCAAAAACCUACAAGCUUUCAUCAACUACAGAGUCAAAUAGCGUGACUGCUAAUAUGUACCCAGGCGAUAAUACUGUUGUAGUCUAUGUGUGUGACCAAUUAAAUACUUGCUCUUCGUAUUCUAAAUCAAUCACAGUAGAAAACUAUUCUGCGAGAUUUCUGCAGACUACCUCACUAUUAAGCUUAUAUAAGCAAGCUAUAAUUGACCCUGACCAAAUUCCUUCAGCAAUUACACUAUUCUGCAGCUCUGCUACAAUUGACUCAACUCUAUUCAGUACAAUGUGGUCUGACUUGCAGUUAUAUGUAAGUGAAAAUACAGCUAGCUCUGAUUUAUUGAACGAUGCAAUGUCAUCUAUUUUUGCCUUGACAGGACAAACUUCUAUAAUGUCGUCUGGUAUGUUUGAUAUAUUUAUUGAAUACCUUGAAAACUAUGAAACUACAAAUAACAUUAUGCCGACUUCUGAUACUAUAAAAUAUGCUGUGGAUAUCACAAAUAAUUACUUGACCUUUGGAGAAACAGUCAGCUUUAAUGGUAGCUCAAUAGAAUCUUAUAUUGUCAAAACCAAUACAUUUAUACAGCUGUUCGUCAAAAAGUUUACAUCAAAUGAUUUAGUAUCUCAGCAAUCUCUUGGCUCUGAUGUAAAUACCGACACAAUUAGCCUUUAUAAGCUUCGAGAUUUCCCUACAUCAUUUUCAAACAGCACCUUGAAUUUUACUGAUCACCGAUCCAUUAGUUUUCCAAGCUCUCUCCCGUUUAAAGACACAGAUAUCACUAAUCUACGGGCAAAUUAUUAUACAUAUUCAGACGACUAUUCAGAUGUCGCUGAAAUUAGUUUCGGGCUAAGUGGGAAUUAUUCAAAUUACACUCUUAUAGUUUCUGAUGAAAACGAUUAUGACUAUAAAGCUGCUAUGAAUCCUAUUUCAAUUGAGCUGCCAUUUUAUAAAAAUGUGUCUAUUGCAUGGAGGUGUCUUUAUUAUAACCAAACCACUUCAGCUUGGCAGUCAGAUUCAACCUGCAAAAUAAAAGAAGUGAAAAACUCGUCAGUUGUAGUAGAAACCACUCAUUUAUCUAUGUAUAAACUUGGAGACACCCCAAAUGUCCCACCUGAUCCAUUUAUUCCUCCAUCUUAUAGCUGUGAAGAUAACAAUUAUCCAGCAAUUUACAUUUUAUCAGUGGUUGUUUUUAUUGGGAUUAUUUUUAUUCCUGUAGCAGUUAUUGCAGAUAGAGCUCAAAAUACCCCAGAAAUAGCGAAAAAGGGGCAGGAAUCUAGCUUAACCCAAAGAUACUUAAUAAACGAAACAUGCAUGACUUCAAUGGUCCCUCCAAAUUCUCCAAAAGAAAUUACCAGUGAUCAGAGCUUUGGAUCGCCAAGUCAGCUGGUAGAACCUGAUGAAGAAGAAGUAAAAGAAGACAGCCCUCCCAGCAGUGAUGAUGACGUAGUUAGUAUGGGAGACAUUGGAAUUGAUGAGCCGCAAUACACUGAAAAAUCCCACGCAAGCGAAAUUGAGCCAACAGUAAUUCCUGAAGAAAUGGCUUCUGCAACUAAAACAGAAAAAAGUCAAGAGCUCAAAAGAAAAGCACUUAUUAUGAUUGAAGGGCACUUAGCAUUUGGACUGGUUUUCUAUAGAUCAGAAUUCAGCAGGGUUUUAAGGCUGCUAACCUUAACUGCUAUCAUUAUAUUUGAGCUGUUAUUAGAAGGCCUAUUCCUUUAUGGAUUUGAAACUAUUGAUGAAGGCUCACAAAAAUCAUCGACUAAAUCAGUUUUUGAGAAUUAUGAGCCAAAUUAUUUUGGAUAUACCAUUUUGUCAAUAGCAAUAGCGAUGCUAAUUGAAGUUUAUUUGAUUAUUGCAUUCAGCAUAGAUAAAAAGAAAACACCUUAUAUGGCAGCUUCUGGGAUUUUGGUUGCGGCAACUAUUUUAUUUGGCUCAAUUAUUGGGACUGUUUGGCUAAGCUAUAAAUUUUGCCAUGAUUGGAAUGGAUAUUGGGCAGCAAGCUUUUUGUUUGGAAUUUUAGUUGAGAUUUUUGUCAUGCAAACAAUUUAUAUGCUGUUCAGAUAUACCUAAUUACGAUGAAUAAAACAUUUUUACUGAUUAGCCGUUAUCCUAUUUACUAUUUAAAUAGGAUAGCCUCAACAAGUAGGAAUUGUUUUAUUUGAUAUAAUUAGGCAUAUCUAUUUCUAGAAAAUUUGCCGGAGAGUAAAAAGGAAAUGAGCUUAACUAAAUCGUUUACUUUAGCCUAA